CGAGCUAGCCGAGCUAGCGGUUUAUGCAGUGGUGUAUCUUCUUCACCGCAUAUACUAAAGCGUUUUGGAGUAUUAUAUUUUUCGUUGAUUCCUCACGCGCUAAUUUUUCACUGUCUCGUGAUAAAUAUAGGUAUUAAAUGAAUAUGUUGAAUGAGUGUUUAUCGGCAAAGUGUUGCAGUGCAUUUGAACACGUUUUUUCUCAAAAUAUGUACGGAAUUUGAAGUAAUUUUUUCUCGCUCCGUUUCCGGUAAUGUAUUUCACGACGUCUUUCGCUUGUUGAGAGCGGCAAGACCGAAGACAGCCAUAAAUAAGAGAGUAAGAGAGAAAGAAGAAGAAAUAAGUGAAACCAAUUGUGAGAAAGAAAGCGACAGAGAAAAGAGAAUCGCUGAUCGAACAUUUCUAAAUUUCUUUAGUUCUAAACAAAACAUUGUUAAACCCUCGGAAGAUAAAUUCAACAAUCAAUACGACUAUGUCUUCACCCCGAGCUCCAGAUGAGCAGGAAGAGGAGAAGCGAGACGGAGAGACCGAGGAAAAAACAUCAUCAAGCGUCAAUGAAAAAAAAUCGGAGGACGAAAAACCUGUUGGGAAACGACCACUUUCGCCUGAUCUGGAACCGGCGAUAUCGGCAAAAAUUGCGAAAAAAACCGACGAGUCUGAAGCGUCAUCGAAUUCAGGAUCUCCGUCCGAUUUGUCAACUGGAACAAGUAGAGAAGUUGUAGAACCUGAACCUGUCACAGACCAUACGCUCCAAGUUGCUCAACAUUACAAUUCACUCGAAGAGACUGGAUUCAACAAAAGAAAUCAAAGUCGUAUUGUUUAUAUGAGAAAUUUCAACAAUUGGAUCAAGAGCAUGCUGAUAAGCGAAUACGUGGCAAAAGUCAGACAAGAUAACAGUCACGGAGCGCCGAUCAGAGUUUUGGAUAUGUGCUGCGGCAAAGGUGGCGAUCUUUUUAAAUGGCGGAAGGGUAAUAUAUCGCAUUUGAUAUGCGCUGAUAUAGCUGGUGUUUCGGUCGAACAGUGUCAAGCGCGCUACAACGAUAUGAUCAGUAGAAGCAAAAAUGAACGAGGUUUUGCACCCGUGUUCACUGCCGAAUUUUUGACCCAAGAUUGCACAAAGGUUCGUUUAAGGGAAAAAUACAGGGAUCCCAGUCUCAAGUUGGAUCUCGUCAGCUGCCAAUUUGCGUUCCAUUACAGCUUCGAAUCCCUACAGCAGGCUGAAUGUAUGUUGCGUAACGCAGCCGAAAGCCUUCGAACAGGUGGCUACUUCAUUGCGACUCUUCCCGAUGCUUAUGAUUUAGUCUCGAGGUGGUACAAAUGCGAUGGCAAUAAGUACGGUAACGAUCUGUAUACGGUCGACUUUCAGUGCGACAAGACAAAACCGCCACCACUUUUCGGUGCGAAGUACAAUUUUUGCCUCGAAGGUGUUGUCGAUUGUCCCGAGUUUCUCGUUCACCAGCCAACACUUAGAAAAUUAGCGCUCAAAUUUGGUCUAGAAUGCGUACUUUUCGAGCGCUUCGAAGACUUUUACGAACGUAUGAAAACCGAAGGUCGCUCUUUGCUGGGAAAAAUACAAGCGCUCGAAACAUAUCCACCGUAUUUAGAAGCACCUCUCCUCGGACAAAAUCCCGGAGAUUAUCAACAUGCAGUUCAAUACAUGCAAAGCUCUACGGGACACCGAAAAAUCGGCACACUUUCCAAACCUGAAUGGGAAGCUACCUCCUUAUAUGCCGUGAUGGCUUUUCAAAAGAUGAAAACAACGUGGAACGCAGAGGGUAAACCAGAGUAUACGAAGCAGUGAAUUUAAUGAAACGAAAAGUGUUCUAACAAUGAAGAAUCGGCAUAAAAAUAACGAAAAGAAAUCCAGGCUCACAUCGGAUAUUAUAAAGCACAGGAUCGAUCUCUGUCUCGUACCCUGAAAAUGUCAGACAGUUGUGAUCUGGUAUAACUGUACAAACUAUUUUGUUACCGUAAGGAUGCAUCUUAGAUAAGUGAAUGUAGCAUUACGAAAUGGUAUCGAAAUCAUUUUUAUUUCCUCCGAUUGCCAGCACGUUGAUUUUUUUAAACUCUUUAUUUGAAUCAAGAGCUGCUGUACUAAUAAUAAUAUAAAGAUGAAACCGUUGAAUAGCGCAUAAAUGAAUUUACUAUGUAUCAACGACGAGCUAUCUUAUGAAAGCCAAUUGAAUAUAAAGAGGGAUUAAACACAACUGAUCAUGUGGUGAAAAACUAUUAUUAUGAUGAACCUCCGUUAAGAGGAUGAAUUAUACAAAAAUAAAAUAAUUUUUUUAUCUCAUUGCAAUUCUGGUACAACAAUUUGCUAAAUUCUUUCCAAAGUCGAGAUAAGACGUUGUGAACACUGGAUAUGCUAUAAUAAAAUGAUCAGACAACUUUUAAUUCAUUGUUUCAAAACAGUAUCGGUCGAGAUAAAUCAAAUUUUUAUUUCAUCGCACGAAUAUUCGUGCAACAAUCGUGAUUUUUAUCAAUAAUUUACAAAGUUUUGAGAAAAAAUAUAAUAAAAAGAAGCGUCCAUUAAAACAAAUUUUGUAUGUUCAGAAUAAAGUCUCUGAACCGA